AUGCUUCCGUAUUCAGCCCUCCUACUCCUCUUCUCACCGCUAACCCAAGCUUCCCUCCAGAUCAUUCCUGGCGGGACGUGGACCGCCUCAGACGGUCGCCACAUCCAAGCCCACGGCGCCGGCAUAAUCGCCGAAAACGGAACCUACUACCUCAUCGGCGAGGACAAAACAGAUGGAACCCCAUUCCAGAAUGUAAACUGCUACUCGAGCACCGACCUCGUGAGGUGGGAGUACGUCGGAGCCCUUCUCAGUCGAACAUCGAGCGGCGACCUCGGACCCGACCGCAUCGUUGAGCGGCCGAAGGUUAUCUACAACGAUGAGACGAAGAAGUAUGCGUUGUGGAUGCAUAUAGAUAGCCGGGACUACGGUGAUGCGAAGGUUGGGGUGGCGACUGGGGAUAGUGUCUGCGGGAAAUACGAGUACCACGGUAGCUUCCGGCCCCUUGGCUUCCAGAGCCGAGAUAUGGGCCUAUUCAAAGACGACGACGGCUCAGGAUAUCUCCUAACUGAAGAUCGUCAAAACGGUCUUCGAAUCGACAAGCUCGACCCAACCUACACAAAAGUCGAAAGCAACGUCUACACCUGGAGCGAAAAGAUCGAAUCCCCCGCAAUGGUCAAAGUUGACGGUCGCUACUACAUGUUCGGUAGUCACCUAACAGGCUGGGAUCCAAAUGACAAUGUGACGCUUUCCCACUCCUGCUCCGUCUACAGCACCUCCGCUUCCCUCUCCUCCGGCUGGUCCCCCUGGCGUGAAUUCGCCGACGACGGCUCCAACACCUACGCUUCGCAAACAACCUUCAUCCUGCCCUACGGCGACGGCAACUACAUGUACCUCGGCGACCGCUGGCGCUCCGACAACCUCCAUUCGUCCACGUACAUCUGGCUUCCCAUUUCCAUCCGGGGCCCCACGUCCGUCUCCCUCAAGAACAAGAUCAACUGGGUGCCUAACCUCCUCGAGGGCGGGACCUGGACCGAGGGUAUCACCGAGACGGGCUACGAGGGCGAGGCGGGCCAGGCUGGCGGCGCCGCGAGGACCGUCUCGUGCAGCGACUGCUCGGGUGGACGUGCGAUGGGGUAUGUCGGUGGGCCCGACAACGGUUCGGUUACUAUUUCGGGCAUUACGACGGAGAAGGCGGGCGUUACGACCGUGAGGAUCAGGUAUGCCAACGGAGAUAGCUCAACGCGCUAUGCCAACGUGAGGGUCAAUGACCAGGCCCCCGUCAAACUUGCGUUCCUACCUUCGAGGGGCGGCACUAGUAGCAGCACGCUCGUCACCCACCUUGAGACUGCGGACAACGUUAUCGUCUUCGAGGGCAUCGACGGCGGCUGGGGUCCCGAUAUUGAUAAGCUUUUCGUGCCUGUUGAGUAG